AUGCCAGCGCCACCACCACUCACUAGUGCCCAGAAAGCCCAAAUUCUCUCAGAUACCUAUGGCCUUCAAUACCUCGAAAACGUUUCAGCCCCGGCCGCCGGCACAUCAUGGGUCGGAGGUUACAAACUUGGUGGGNGUGCCUUCGGCGAGGUCAGCCUGUGGAUCAUGUAUGAUCCCAUAACCUCCAAGGCUCUCAAAUACUGCGCCAUUAAGGACGCCUUCGAUGACAGGCCUACCCGAGAGCAGGGUCUCUACACGAACAUCUACCAGCAGCUCGCUCUUGAAGGCAUGGACUUUGGAGUUGAUCUACAAAAUCCGACAGGGCAAGCUCACAUCGACAAGAGAUUUUACAAGGAAGCUUAUCUACAAGGCUUGGUGACUGAGCCUGAUUCUGAAAAAGCCACAUAUUGUGUCCCACUUUGGGGCUACGCAAGAAAAGAACCUAGUCUCCGAGGACCGGAGUUCCAUCACUGGAGAUUGUACAUGCCUCUAUAUGAUUAUGGCAACCUAGAAACGCUUAUACAGGCUCAUCUCGAGGAGGGAAGGGGCAUUCCGGAACCGUUUAUCUGGCACACUCUCCAGUGCUUGAUGAGUGGGGCUGAACAGUUGAGAGAGCAAGCAGCGAAGCGUCAGGGAUCCACCCUCGACGACAUUAUUGUCGUCUUCGACAUGAAACCCGCAAACAUAUUACUCGCCCCACCCAACAGAAACUCAACCCUUCCCAUGUACCCUCGCCCCCACAUCUCGGACCUCGGAGGCGCCUGUAAGUNNCUGACAAACAACACAGACUCUCUCAAUCGCGAAUCCAGAUUAGAAUGCCAAGUGACGAAUGGCUACAGGCCUCCAGAGACGUUUUGGCCUCCCAAGAACGGUCGGGAGUGUGGAAACUGGACAAAUAUCUGGCAGGUUGGAAGAGUAGCCGAAGCAUUGAUGAAGCUGAAGUUGCGCUUCCAAGAUCUUGAAUUCUUUGGGCAACUACCAGAAACAUGCGAACCCCAAAUCAAGAAUUGGCAAGGCCAAUACCCCGGCCAAAACUAUUCGAACGAAUUAAGAUUGCUGAUACUCUAUUGCAUGAAAUUCAACCCAACGAAGCGAGUAAAGGCAGACAAAGUCUUGCGGGCCCUCAAAGAGAAACCCGAGUUCAGACAACACUCUCAACACAUGGAGACUUUUGGUAGCGAUGCGUGGUUCGAAGAGCAACCACGCAUACACGACGAGCAACAGCGAAAAAAAGCAGAAAAGGCAGCCACCGAACCACCAAAACCCACAACACCACCAUCACCCGAAGAGGUCAAAGCCGCAAACGCCGCUCUGGCCAGAAAGCGAAAGCGCACUAAUGAAGCAUGCGCUUACCUGCGAGCCUGGGAGCGUCCCAAACGCGAAGAGUUCCUCGAGCUAGGCGUGUUUCCAGACGACCACUACAAUCUCGAUUACAGAUACGCAGACUUUUGGGUUGACCCUUUCCCGUUGAUUGAUGAAACCGGCGCAUUCAGACACCGCUUACAAUAUGGCGAGGGCUUUAAUGGAGAACUUUGCCUCAGAGAUCGCACU